AAACAAGUGCAAAUAAACUUUUGUCACAACACAAAGGCAAUGACAGUUGUAUCCCAGAAGUAAAGCUAAAAGCAUGUAUAAACCCGCACUGUGCACACAAAUCUCCAGCUACGGCCAGCCAGCACCCAAGUGGCUGAGUCAGCAAGAGCUGGAGCGCUUGAUCAUGCAGGAGGCGAAGGAGUAUCGUGCAAUUAACAGCAUUUACACCAAGACGGAGCAGUUGACGCAGAGUACACUGCGGGUGGAGGCACACGCAAAAAUGGCGGCCAAUCCCCCAUCACGCAUCUUCAAUUUCCUGGUGAAGUCAGCGCUAGUAAACAAUGAUGCAGCCUUAAAGUUUGCGAGAGCGUACAGCUUUGAGGUGGAGUGGCAUAUGCAGGAAGUGGUACUGCCAGCACUGGUGCAGCUCUACAAUGAUGUGGAUGAGUGUCAGGUGUUUAGCGCUGCCAUCUUGAAGCCGAAGUUGGCCCUAAAGACGGAAAGCCCGAACUGUUUAUAUCUGGAAUCCUUGCAAGCUAGCAGGGGAUAUCGCGUGGCGAAUCAAACUAAAGGCUUAGAUAAGCCUAAUAUGCAUAUGAUAUUGACCAAACUGGCUGCCUAUCAUGCUGCCACAGCGUGCUAUCUACAGCUGCAGCCAGCAGCAUUAAAGGAGCUGCCCAAGCUGGACCACCAGAGCCACCAGAAAGACGAAUUCCUUGCCGAAUUGCAGCUGCGUUUUUAUGAGAGCCUGCGUGCAAAUAAUUUAGGACAUUACGAGGAUAAGAUCAAAUCAUUUCAAGAGUCUUUACUAAGUGGCCCUGAGCCAACAGACUUUAAAAAAUGUUUUAAUGUCAUUCUUAAUGGCGCUUGUUGGCCCAACAACUUGCUUUGCAAUAUCAAUGCCUUUGGUCAUAUUAAGGACUUAAGAUUCAAUGAUUUUGGAUAUGCCACAUAUGGUCCGGCCAUCUAUGAUGUGUUACAGCUGCUCUUGACAGCACCUGCUGAUAAAACUUUCGAAUUUGAUGGCUACUUAAGAUAUUAUACCGAUCAGUUGACCGCACAACUACAAAAACUUAAUUUCAAGGGUAAACUGCCUACCUUAAGCGACUUUCAAGUGGAUAUACUAAAUAGCGCGCACUGGUGCUUUGAAAUCGUAACGGAAAUAUUGCCCAUUGUACAAACCAAUUGUGAUAGUGUAUCUGUAUUAGAUAUAUUUAAAUCGAGUGAAUAUUCAACCGAUAUACAACAGUUGUUGCCUUGGCUGGAAAAUCGUGGAUACUUAGAGCAUCUUGGCAGCAACAUGGACUCUGCAGAAUUGAUACUGCCCGACUGCUUGAAUCAGUCUAUAUUUGUGAAUAUACUCCAACAUGAUCAUAAGGAAUUCAAGUCAAUUGUCAAAUUUAAUAUAGAACCUAGCGGCGGCAAAGGUGAAAACUUUACUUGUUUAGUGGUACGUGCUAAAUUUGUGUUGGAACUUAAAGAUGGCAGUCAAACAAACACCUCGUACUUUGUCAAACUACUGCCAACAAAUCCAAGCACACGCGAUAUGAUUGCCAGCUGGAAGGUGAUUGAUAAGGAAAAGCUCAGCUAUACAUACCACAUACCUGAGUUUGAGGCUUUGUAUAGAAAUGUUAACAAAGAGAUUACCUUUGGCCCUAAAUACUAUGAGCUAAAUACUAUGCGCAAUGUUACAGACCCGCUCAUUGUAUUGGAAGAUCUGAGCAGGCGCGGCUUCAAGCAUGCGAAUCGUCAGCAGGGCUUCGACUUGGCACAUACAGAGGCGGUACUUAAGAAAUUAGCCCAGUUGCAUGCCGCCUCAGCUGUGCGCUAUGAGCUUAAGGGACCCUAUUCCGAACUUUAUGAUCGUAAUCUCUGCAGCGAUGUUGACAAAUUCAAAGAGUUUCGCGACAAUCAAGCAAAGACUCUUAUAGCUUGUCUACCGCUAUACGAUGCAGCGUAUUUGGAGAGUGUACUGAAAACCUAUACCUCUGUUGCACCAGACCAGUAUCAGGCCUAUGCGCCAAAAUUUGAGAACGAGUUUCGUUGCCUCAACCAUGGCGAUUUUUAUUGCAAUAAUAUUAUGUUUCAAUAUGAUAAGGCUGGAGAAAUUGUGGAUACUUACUUUAUCGAUCUGCAAAUGAGUCGCUAUUGCUCACCAGCUCAAGAUUUAAUAUAUGUUUUACUUUCUUCAGUGGCAUAUGAAUUAAAACUGCACAGUUUCGAUUAUUUCAUAAGCUAUUAUCACAUUCAGCUUACGGAUCAUCUACAACUUUUGAAAUACCCAAAAAAUAUACCCAAAUUGAGAGAUCUACAUACAGCAAUCUAUAAUCAUGGAGAUUGGGUUUAUCCAGUUAUUUCCCUGCUUUUGCCGCUUAUACUAAUCGAUCCCACUGAGAAGGCUAAUACCGAGACAUUAUGGGAUCAAGAAGCUGCGGGAGAUCAACUGCGCAAAACCAUGUACGGAAAUCCCCUUGUCAUUCAACAUUUCAAGAAAAUACUUCCAUGGGCGUACAAUCGUGGGCUUUUCGAAUACAGGGAAAAAAAAUAAUUAAAGAAUCAUAAUAA